AUGAAGGCGUCAUCAAGUGACCAGGGCUUCUUCCAAGAAGCGCCAGUGCUAGUGAACCAGUUUCACGACGAUGUAGUGUUCCAGCGAGCGUUUAAAUUGUUUCUUCCCCAGCAAGUAGCUAAUAGGAACGCCUCUGAGAUUGAGAACUUGGGCGAGGAGGUCAUCUCGGACCAAAUCUUCAACUGGAUUACGGAUUCGGAGACGAAUAAGCCAAUCGUUGCCGUCGGCUAUGGCAAGGAAGACGGUGCCUACUCUCGGGUAGUUCAGUUUCUAAGGAUCCACCUCUGGACACCCUCCGCAAGCUUAGUAACGUGCCCGUCCGCCAUGCACGACGGCGCCCUCCGCCUCCUCCAAGUCCACCUCGCCAACCCCAAGCUCGACGACGAGAGGCGCCAGGUCUUCCAAAACGCCGUCGACCACCUGCUCUCCCGGGACCCCGCCGACGUGUCCCUCACCGAAACCCUCGCGACGCUCGACCCGUCCCGCGCCGCCGGAUGGGCCAGCGUCAAGGAAGGAGUGGCUCUCGGGCCGUGGUCGCUGUCGGGCUUCAAGUGGUUCUCCAGCGCCACCGACUCCAACAUGACGGUGCUGCUGGCCAAGACGCCCAAGGGCCUCAGCGCAUUCUACGCGCCGAUGCGGAGGUCCAACCCCGAGGCCAAGAGCAUCACGGGACGACGCCUCGGGGAUGAGGGCACCGAGCUCAACGGGAUCCGCAUCUCGCGUCUCAAGAACAAGUUUGGCACGCAAUCUCUGCCGACGGCCGAGCUCGAGCUUAAUGGUAUGCGUGGGUGGCUGCUCGGCGCCGAGGGCAAGGGGAUUCAUCAAAUCAGCACGAUAUUGAACAUUACGCGAAUCUACUCCGCCGUGAGCGGCGUGGGGUUCCUCGGGAGGGGGUUCGGCGUGGCCAAGGCCUAUGCCAAGGUCCGCUCCGUGGGCGCGGGUCGCGGCCGACGGAUGGUCCUCUCCGAGAGCCCUCUCCACAUGCGCACUCUGGCCAACAUCGCGGCAGAGUACCAGGGCCUCAUGCACUUGUCCAUGCUAUCGGCCUAUACCCUGGGUCUCGAAGAACAGGCGGUUCCUGCCGUCGAGCUCAGCGAAGCGCUGAAGAAGAUCACCCCGGAGCCCAAGCACGUCUCGCCCCUUCUCCGCGUCAUCUCGCAGGUCGCCAAGGGCUACGUGUGCAAGAACUCCAUCACGCAACUCUACGCUUGCAUGGAAUCCUUGGGAGGCGUCGGAUACCUGAACAACGAGGAGCAGGAAUACCUCAACAUUUCCAAGCUGUACCGUGAUUGCUGCGUCUUAUCCAUCUGGGAGGGCACCACUGAUGUCUUGUCCACCGACUUUAUCCGCGCGCUUUUGGAAAACGCCGGCAUCGCAUCCAUGGAAGGCGAUUCUCGGCUUGGCAACUGGAAGCCGCUGCAGGCGUGGAAGGCGAUCAAGGCCCGGUUCGCGGCGGAGACGCAGGAGCAGCUCAUGAGCGAGGCGAGGCAGAUUCUCUGGGUCGUUGCCGAGAUUCUCAUCACGGCGCUUCUCUUUGUGGAUGCGGAGAGCGACAAGAGCCCUGUCGCGUCCGACGUGCUCCACAGGUUUGUCGUCUUCAAGGGCCUGGGCGGCGUUCAGGCCGGAAUCAAGGGCGAGGGAGAUAGGCUGGCCAAGGACCAGGCUAUCGUAUAUGGCCAGGUUUAUCUUCACCUGCGGCGAGGCUCUGAGGAAUAA